AUGCAAGGAAUUUACCGGAUACUGCGACCUCACUAUUAUCCUCCAAGGGCUGCAAUAUUUCAACAAUACCAUGGGAAUGGAAUCAUUAACCCGAACAAGCUAUCUGCAGGUUUUGGAUGUGUCACAACCUCUCCACCAAUGCAGCAGAAAGGAUUGGAGAAUGUCACAGUAUCUGACGUGCUGAUGACAAAAGGGGAAGACAAAAAUGGUUCCUGGCUUUGGUGCAGAGUUGAUGAUGCUGUAAUCAAUGCAAUGAAGAAUAUGGCAGAAAAUAAUAUUGGAUCAUUGGUGGUGCUAAAUCCAGAAGGUCAGCAUAUAGCAGGCAUUGUCACAGAACGAGAUUGCUUGAAGAAAAUAAUUGCACAAGGAAGGUCUCCUUUAUACACACAAGUUGGUCAAAUCAUGACUGAUGAGAACAAUCUGAUAACAGUGACAUCUGAAACCAACAUUCUUCAAGCAAUGAGACUUAUGAUAGAGAAUCACAUCCGGCAUGUUCCGGUUAUUGAUGGGAAAAUAGUUGGUAUGAUUUCCAUUGUAGAUGUUGUAAGAGCAGUGAUGGAGCAACAAGGUGGAGAACUGAAGCGACUCAAUGACUACAUCAAAGGAGAUUACUAUUAAACAAAAAAAAUUCAAGCACUGAUACACAUUUCAUGAAGCAAAUUGCAAAAUCUAUGUAGCUAAAACAGAAUACAUCUUUGUAUUUCAAUUAGUAAUUUGUUUGGUAUUCUAAUGACUACCAAUUGAAUAACAUAUGAUCAAUUUCAAUAA